AUGCUGCUGGCCCUUGCUGCUGCAGCAGAAGCCAAGCAGCACGCCGCCCCGACGCCCCCCGCCGACAGCAGCAGCAGCAGCAGCAGCAGCAGCGGGGACUUCCUGGAGUUCACGGGGCCCCCCGACGAGCAGCAAGUGUACGGGUCUUUGUCUCAGCUGUCUGUACACCUCAACAAGCAGCACGCGCUGCAGCUUUGCUGCGUCUGUCUUUUGGGCAGCAACGGGCAGCUGCUGGCGCAGCAGCAGCUGCUGCCGCAGGCCCUUUACCGCGUGCACAUGCAGCAGCAGCAGCAGCAGCAGCAGCGGGGGGGGCGCGGCGCGGACCCGGCGGCUGCAGCAGCAGCAGCAGCAGCAGCCGGGGUGUCUGUACACCCCAAGUGCAGCGUCUGCGGUGAACGUACACUCGACGGAGACGCGCUGCUGCUGCACUUUAGAGACUGCCACUUUUCUUGUCCUUUGUGUGAACAAGACUACCACCGUGCUGCUGCUGCUGCUGCUGCUGCAGCAGAACGCACUGCAGCAGAGCCCCCCCCGUCCGCAGAAAUCGUCCCCGUGUUCCGGCAGCUGGAAGAGCUGCAGCAGCACUACACCCAAGAGCAUUACCCGUGUCCCCACAGAGAGCUUUGCCCGCUUACGGUGUACAGACACCUCACGGACCUGCAUGUGCACCUUGCUGCUGUUCACGGCGGCAGCAGCAGGCCCAGCAGCAGCAGCAGCAGCAGCAGCAGCAGCAGUGCCAGCGGCCGCGGGAGACAGCAGUACGGAGCUGGCGGCGCAGGCAGCAGCAGCAGCAACAACAGCAACAGCAACGACAGCACAAGCAGCAGCAGCAGCAGCAGCAGCACGAGGCCCCUCCCUCUGGCGCUGCAGGGAGACUAUCCUGCUUACAGGCGGCUGCUGCUGAGUUACAUGAAGAGACACAAAAUCCAGCGGGAAGCAGCAAACGGCCAAGCUGCUGCUGCUGCUGCUGCUGCAGCAAGCGCGCCAGCGUCAGCAGCAAGCGCCGCAGCACCCGCAACAGCAGCACGGAGUGAUGCAGCAGCAGCAGUCAUCUGGAGGCCUCGAGGAAGCAGCGAUGCGGAUGCAGCAGCAGCAGCAGCAGCUGCUGCUGCUCCUGCGGCUGCUGACUCUUCAGCGAAGAGAGAGAACCUUGGCACUGGGGAGCUGCCGUGCAGCGGUAGCAACAGCGGCAGCAGCAGCAGCAGCAGCAGCAGCAGCAGCAGCAGCACUGAAGACAUAAACUUCCGCCCUCCCCCGGGACUGGCGUCCCCCAGGUCACGUCAACAAGUAGCAGCAGCAGCAGCAAUACCAGCAGCAGCUGCUGCUGCUGAAGGGCAGCAAGCAGCAGAUAGUGGUGAUCUUGAGGCUUCUGUUGCAACUAGCCCGUCUGCUGCUGCUGCUGCUGCUACGCGUGCUGCGCCCGUAUGCGUUGCCGUCAGCAGCGCAGAGGCUCAGCGCUGCCCAGCAGCAGCAGCAACAGCAGCAGCUGCAGCAGCAGCAGCAAGCAGCAUCCUGCCAACGUCAGUUGCGUUGGAACAACUCUUUGCUGCGCUGCCGGAGCAGCAGCAGCAGCGGCAGGUUGCUUCUGCUGUUGCGGAGGCAAGCCGUGCUGCUGCUGCUGCUGUGCUGCUGCUGCCAGACGAUGAGAGCAAACGUAUAUCUAGGCUUUCGCUGGAGCUGCUGCAGCAGCUGCUGGAGCCUCAGCAGCAGAAGCAGCUGCGCAGCAUUGCUGCCUCCAUGACUGCAGCAGAUCAACAGCUGCAGCAGCAGCAGCAGCGGGAGCAGCAGCAGCAGCAGCAGCAACAGCAGCUUGUGCAGGGAAGCAAACUGAAGCAGCUGAAGCAGCAGCGGCAGCAGCUCUUUGAGGACUUCAUUGCACAGGGCGUCUCGAUCAUCUUCAGCGGCAGCAGCAGCAGCAGCAGCAGUAGUAGUAGCAGCAGCAAGGGGGACAUGCUGCUGCUGCGAAAUGUCACAGAAUCCGCAGGCGCGCAGCUGCCGCAAACGCAGCAAGGGCUGCUGCUGCUGUCUCUGGCUUUGGGGGCUUCAGACUCUUCGAAGCGUUUGCUGCUGGCGCAGGCGCUGCAGCGAGUUGCUGCGCUUCUGCAGCAGCAGCAACAGCAGCAGCAGCAGCAGCAGGAAGAACAGCAGCAGCAGGAGGAAGCAAGCGCUGAGCAGCAAAAGAAGCCCUUGUCGCUGGCGAGCGCCCUAAGUACGUCUGCUGCUGCGCCGCGCGCUGCUGCCAGCUCUCCCGCCGCAGCAGCAGCAGCAGCAGGAGCAGCGGGGAGCCCGGGAGCAGCAGCAACUACUUGUGUUAUUAGCCAGGAGGAGCUGGAGCAGCAGCAGCAACGGAGAAACGUGCUGCAGCAACUUUCUGCAGCAGAUUUGCCAUUUACUGCUUCGACUUCCUUCUUGGAGGCCUUGGGCUUUCUGCUGCAGCAGGUUCACAGCAGCAGCAGCAGCACUGGCGGGCAGCAGCAGCAGCAAAAGACCAAGAAGGGAAAGCUCCUGCAGCAGCACACGCAGCGCCUGAGGCAGCAGCGCAUCCAGACGGGCAAUGCCUGGGGAGCUCAAACAGAGCAGCAGCAGCAGCAGCAGCA